UCAUCACUAUCCCAUAUGGCUAGACCACUUUUAGUAACCCAGCCUUCACUAAGCACUUCAAACAUUGGUUUUACUGCUAUGACCCUUAUGAUGUGUGCUGUCGCGUUGCUCAUGUGUGCUUCGCAUUCGCGCAAAUGGCGCCAUUGGCUUGCAUGCAACGCGUUUGCAGAAGAGCCUGUUAUAGGGCAAAACAAUGAAGUGGUAAUGAUGAGUGGUUGUGAACAACAAGAAGAGGAUGCUUCAAUUUGGCAGAAGAAUAUACUUAUGGGUGGGAAGUGCCAGCUCCCUGACUUCUCUGGUGUCAUAAUCUAUGAUUCCAAUGGCAAUGUAGUAAACCCAGCUAAAACUUCUCUUCCAUUACUAACAUGGAAAUAACAAUGUGAAGAACCGCAUCAGGAUUCUUCUGGUUCACUUCAGGAGUGGUCCUAAGCUAUUCUUCUGGUUCACUUCAGGAGUGGUCCUAAGCUGCGUGCGAAGGUUUCUGUUUUGUUGAUGGUAGUUUGUUUUCCUAAACUCUAGCUUGAUUCUUCUGUUGGUAGCCUUGGUUUAUAUGGUGGCUCUAUUUGUGUUUUUUCUUUUGAAUUGUAUCCAUGUACAGGGUAUGGUUGAAUUGUCUUAUUUGAGUCUAUUUAAUAACAUAAACACAAACACAUGUGAGGCUAUUUGAGAGUUUAUGAAAACAACUUAUGACAUGUUUACAAAUUGUUUUCUACGUAUAUAUAA